AUGGAGUACACACAAAAUACAAUCGAAAUCGAGAGCGAACAAGAAGACGUAAACAUCUUCGCAAGAAGGGGACAGGUGAUGAGAUCACCGAUUUUGAACCAAUAUCAGGUACCAAAAUCCAACAACAGCAAAACCGCGGACGAGCAGCCAAGCCUGCAUGUGAGAACUAAGCUGAGCGAAGCCAUGAAGGCAAGUGAAGAACUCUACGAAUACAUCAAACCUCGUAGUAAUGUUCAUGCGGUGAUAAGAACUCUUACCGUAAAAAUAAGAUCCGCGCUUGCGAUAGCUGAACGUGAACAGCAGACCUGGCGGGCAAGAGCAGAAAAAGCGGAGAAUGCUCUGAAAGAAGCUGUGCAGAGUAAGGCAAAGGAAGUGAUCUUGAUACCGACGGUAGACUCUACCCCACUAACCGCAAAGAGGAGAAGACAAACUCCAGAAGAAAAGAAGGAGACGAAAAAACACAAAGAUGGCAGUGAAGGUGCUAGGGGUGAAAAUAAGCAAAACAAUGAAGAUCCGAACGGGUGGCAUACAGUCGAAAGGAAGAAAAAAGAAAACAAAAAGAAAGGAAAAACUAAGCCUAAGAUGGAGAGGCAGAAACCAGAAGCUCUUAUUGUGAGCGCAGCGGGGAUGGCGACCUAUGCCGAGAUACUGCGGAAGGUGAAAGAAGAUCCGUCCUUACAGAAUCUUGGGGAAAACGUGGCCAGGAUAAGACGAACACAGAAUGGAGAAAUGUUGUUUGAAUUGAAGAAGAACCCAACGAUUAAAAGUUCGACAUAUAGAGAGCUAGUCGAAAAAUCUCUGGGAGAAACGGCGAAAGUUAGGGCUCUUUCCCAAGAGAUAGCGAUCGAAUGUAGAAAUCUGGAUGAGAUCACAACAGACGACGAGCUGAGAGAAGCCCUGAACGAACAGUUCGAACUUAGCGAUGUCUCCUUAACAAUUCGACUGAGGAAAGCAUUUGGAGGUACACAAACAGCAGUGAUAAAACUGCCAAGAAUCGCAGCAAGAAAACUGCUAGAGACUGGCAAGAUAAAAGUUGGAUGGACGGUGUGCCCUCUAAGGGCUAUUCAGCAAAUGAUGAGAUGCUUUAAAUGCAUGGACUUUGGCCACCAAUCUAGAAACUGCAAUGGACCUGAUAGAUCGGACUCUUGCUUAAGAUGCGGUAAUAAGGGGCACUUAGCGAAAAUGUGUACUAAGCCUCCAAGAUGCAUGCUCUGUACGACGGAGGUAGAUAACGAUCACGUCACCGGAGGCUCGAGAUGCCCAUUCUUUAAAAGAGCGCUGGCAGCAACAACAGAGCCGUAUCAGGUACCCCCAGACAACGGAAAUUGGGUAACCGAUAAAGCUAAAAUAGCCGCAAUUACGACGUUGGGAAAAUAUCCCUUCCAGGAAGUUGUAUCCAGUGAAUAUGAAGGGUUCGUGAUUGUCAAAAUUAACGACAUCUUUGUAUGCAGCUGCUAUGCACCCCCGAGAUGGACGAUUGAGCAGUUCGACCAGAUGCUCCACAAUAUAACGGAAGAGCUCAUCGGACGGCAUCCCAUAGUCAUCGGCGGGGACUUCAACGCCUGGGCAGUAGAGUGGGGGAGCAGAUUUACCAAUGCGAGGGGGUUUAGUCUGCUCGAAGGACUGUCAAAGCUGAAUAUAAGACUAGUUAAUGAGGGCUCUACUAGCACUUUUCGCAGGGAUGGGAGAGAGUCAAUUAUUGAUGUAACCUUCUGCAGCCCGUCGUUAGCAUCGAACAUAAACUGGAGAGUCUGCGAGGAUUAUACCAACAGUGAUCACCAAGCGAUUCGCUACACCGUCAGUACUCAGUCGCCAUUAACAAGGAGAGGGACGAGAACAAAGUGUAAGAAGUGGAAGCUGAAGGAGUUUGACAAGAACCUCUUCAUCGAAGCACUCCAGGUGGAUCGAACAACUUCUACUUUAAAUGCAGUCGAACUGACAGAGGUUGUAACGAGAGCAUGUGACGUCACCAUGACGCGGAAAUCAACGCCAAAAAACGAACGCCGUCCAGUAUAUUGGUGGAACGAGACAAUUAACACACUGCGGAUAAGCUGUCUCCGAGCCAGACGGAGAAUGCAAAGGGCUAGGAUUGACACCGAAAGAACAGAGUGCAGGGAAGCAGGGAAGCGUUCAGAGCGGCGAGAGCCGCGCUCAAGAGCGAAAUAA